CGCAGGGCAGAUUGCGGCUGGACUCUGAGGAUUUCUAAGUGAGCCUGCAUUGGAAAGUGUGUAGCUAGGAGGCCUGCAUCAUAUAGUCAUAACCUGCUGGGUUUCUCUGACUGGAGCAUGUCACAAUUUAACAGUUUUAUACCAAGGGAUUACUGGGGACAAACAGAAACGGAGAUGAGCUGAAACAGGAGUUGUGGUGGAUCCGACCUGGGAAUCUGGGUGCGAAUCCAGUGUGAAUACUGUCUGACUGUAAGUUAUGGUCAGGCUGGGCUCUGCUCGCCCAGGAAGGUAAUGCUGGAGUGGACUGGGUUGGACGUGGACAUGGAUUAGGAGUUGCAGAGGAAGACGGUGAAUGACAGUCAUAGAGGGACAGCACUUCGCUGAGAAAUAUUAAAAAUCAACAAUAAAAGCAACGCCUGAAAAUGUCCGUGCCGAAUGUGCUGGCCAAGGCGCUGUAUGACAAUGCAGCGGAGUCCCCAGACGAGUUGUCCUUCCGCAAGGGUGACAUACUCACCGUGCUGGAGCGCGACACACAGGGCCUUGACGGCUGGUGGCUCUGCUCACUGCACGGGCGACAGGGGAUUGUCCCUGGUAACCGCCUCAAGGUGCUUGUUGGCAUGUAUGACCGUCACCAGGGUGCUGAAACACAGGUGCAAGGCCAGCAGGUGGCGUCACCAAGUGCCUACAGCAAGCCACCACCCUCAUCCCAGUACACUGCCAUGCACCCGGUGCCGCCCACCCCUGGCUCAGCUUCUGGUACUGCCCCAUUGGACAGGAUGUACAUGUUGCCACCUAGCCACAAUAAGGUUGCCCCACAGGGUGUAUACCAGGUUCCUGUUGGUGCGCAGUAUCCCAACACCGGGUCCGAUCUCUACCAAGUUCCCCUGGGCUCCAGGAGCUCUCCACAGGACCUGUACCAGGUGCCCAGCUCGGCAGGAGGUCCAGCCCCCAGGCAGGAUGUCUACCAGGUGCCCCCCUCAAUGGAGAAAAGGACUCGGGGUCCCCCAGAGCCCCCAGGAAAGGUGGUUCUUCCUACACGGGGGGGACAGGUGUAUGCAUUUGAUGUAGGGAUGGGCAACCAAGAUGAGUACAAUGUUCCGCGACCCCAGGCCCCCUCCCUGGAAGUUUAUGAUGUUCCCCUAGCACGAAGCCAGCAGCAGGUUUAUGACACCCCUCCAAUAUGUGUGAAGCCGCCCAGGUGGGAUGAUGGACAGGACGGGAGUGCGGACAGGAGCUUCCUGCUGGCAAAGAAAACAGGUUAUGACUUCCCCCCCUUCCUUGCCAAGGACUCACCUGACUGCCUGAUUUCCCAGGACACGUAUGAUGUGCCUCCCAACUUUGCUAAGCUGAAGAAGCUUCCAGAGAAAGGACAGGUCCCAUCCCAUGGUGGGGGACUCUGUACCAACCCUGAGGAAGUGUACGAUGUCCCGCCCCCAUCGGUGAUGGUGAAGCGUGAAUCCGACACGCAGGAAGUGUAUGACAUCCCGGCAAGUGUGCGUUCAGCCAGCCCAAUGGAGCCACAGGGGGACAUCUAUGAUAUUCCUCGCGAGCACCCCACAGGGGGAACUGAGGGCAGCGACUACAUGUACGAUGUCCCCCAGCAGGUGGUUCAUGAUGUGGCACCAGGCUCUCCCCCUCUCAUUGAUGAGCCCAUAGCCCGGCUGGACCUGGAGCCAGACGAGGCCAUGGAGCGGCUGGCAUGGCUGCAGCACGCAGUUGAGGGCUCCGCAUCACUGCUUGUGUCAUUUGUGAGCGCUGGGUGGCGCUCAGCUGAUCGCUUGGAAGCCAGUCUCCCGGCCAUGCGGCAAGGGGCAGAGCGAGCACGGGAGGCUGUGCGUGACUUGCUCAACUUUGCCCGGGCUGCCGUGGUCAACGCAGCACAGUCUCCCGACCGCACACUGCAGCCCAAGCUGGCCAAGCAGCUGCAGAAGAUGGAAGAGAGCUUCCAAGAAAUGGUGCGGCACAGUCAGGCGCUGGACCGCAUGGGCUGGGCCCCUGGUGUGCUGCAGGCCCCCUCCCCUGGUGGUGGGGGUGAUGAUCUUGAUCACCUGCUGCUGUGCCUGCGUGCUGUUCCUGACGACACCAAACAGUUGGCCUCUUUCCUGCACGGCAAUGCCUCACUGCUCUUCAGAAGGAUCCGGCAGCCACCCCUGCCCCCUCUGCCACAGGCAGCUGAACCCCCAGAACGCAUCAACAUCCAGUCACGACCACUUCCGGCACCACCCAAGUUCUCUGCUGAGGAGGAACGGGGGGACAGAUGGCUGCAAGCUGCCGAUGAUGGCUGGAUGGAGGACUAUGACUACGUGCACCUGCAGGGCAAGGAGGAAUUUGAGAAGAGCCAGAAACAGUUACUAGAAAAAGGAAACAUCAUUCUGCAAAAUAAGUCGGAGCUGGAGCAGCAAGAGCUGAAACAGUUUGAGCAGUUGGAGGAAGAAGUUACUCGUCCAAUCAACAGCGACAUUUCAGGGUGGACUUCGCUCCCUAAUUGCCCCUCCUCACAAAGCAAGCUGUGUUUGGGUGAUCGGCAGCUGCUUCUCUUCUACCUGGAGCAGUGCGAGUCCAACGUGACAGCACUAACCAAUGCUGUGGAUGCCUUCUACUCAUCUAUAAAUGGCAACCAGCCACCCAAGAUCUUUGUGGCACACAGCAAGUUUGUCAUUCUCAGUGCCCACAAGCUUGUCUUCAUUGGGGACACGCUGUCACGGCAGGCCAAGUCGCCUGAGAUCCGUGCUUGCACCACGCAGCACAGCAGUGCUCUCUGUGAGCGCCUCAAGGACCUCGUGCUGAGCACCAAGACGGCGGCGCUGCAGUAUCCAUCAGCCAGUGCGACACGCAACGUCAUCGACAGGGUGGGCGAGUUGGCCACAUGCACACAACAGUUCUGCCUGCUCCUGGGGCAGCUGGCCACCAUGUGAGCAGGACACAGGGACACAUCCCUGACAGCCAGAGACAGUGGUCUGACACACCUGCUUUGAACUUUCUGGUGUGUGGUGGGAACAUGCACCCUACAGGUGGGCUGAGCAAACACAUCAGGACAGAAGUGCUUCUCCACAUAGAGCACAUCCUCUUCUAUUUGUUUUUGUAUUUUAAAAAGAGAAAAUUUAUCUGUCUAGGCAGGACCAUUGUUUGUAAACAAAUCAUUAUAAAUAUGUAUGUUACUUUUCAUGGAAACAAAAUGUGGGAAAUGAACUAUGCUCUAUUUCUGAAAACCCAGAUUUUUUUAAAUUCAAAGCUCUUUUGUUAGAUUGAACUGCUUAUUGUUAUUGUUAAACUUUCAUUAGUAUAAUGAUGACAGUUAUCAUGCUAAUUAUGAAUACCAUUAUUAAAUAAAGCACAGAAAUAGAAUAAGUUCUUAAUUCUUCCAGUGACUUUUGGGGAGAAACCCUUUUUCCAACUACAGUAUUCAGUUUCAAUGGUAGUGUAUUUUAUUGUCAGGACAUGUGGUAUACACUUGCAUCAAUAGAACAACCAACCAACCACUGUCAACAACCACUUGUGUCGAGCGGGGUUGCGUCGAGCUGGAACCUACCGGGCAACACAAGCUGCAAGGCCGAAGGGGGAGGGGAGACACCCAG